AUGCACGGUGCAGAGGGAAAGAAAGAGAAAACUGCACAGUGCAACGGGAGCGAUGAAAAGUGGCGACAAAACCUGCACAGUGCAUUGAGAAGGAAUAAGGAAUGCACAGUGCGUGGAGAAGGCAAAGAGAAAUGCACGGUGCAGAAGGAAAGAAAGAGAAAACUGCACAGUGCAACGGGAGAGAUGAAAAGUGGCGACAAUGCCUGCACUGUGCGAUGA